AUGAGCAAUAUCCACCCAAGCGCGAUCAUCGGCGACGAAGUCACCCUCGCCGAAGAUGUCCUGAUCGGUCCAAACUGUGUUGUGAUGGGCAAGGUCACGCUCGGAGCAGGCGUCCGACUCAUGGCAUCCGUCCACCUCCAGGGACCACUGACUGUGGGUGAACGCACCACCUUCUAUCCCGGAGCGCUCAUCGGAUUCGAGCCCCAGGACUUCAAGUUCAAACCGGGAAUGCCAACCGCAGGGGUCGAGAUCGGUUCGGAUUGCAUCUUCCGCGAGCACUCCACUGUCCACGCCGCGACCAACGCAGAGAAACCGACGCAUGUCGGAGACCGUACCUUUUUCAUGGUCAACACCCACGCCGGUCAUGAUGCGUGGGUCGGUUCCGAUGUCGUCAUGGUCAACAACACAGGAUUGGGUGGACACAGCGAGGUCCACGACCGCGCCAUUCUUUCCGGCGGCACCAUGCUCCACCAGUUCGGACGCGUAGGCCGUCAAGCGAUGACCUCAGGGGUCACGACGCUCACCAACGACCUGCCCCCAUACUUCAUGGCCUCUGAACGAAACACCGUCGUGGGUAUCAAUGUCGUCGGGAUGCGCCGUGCCAGGAUGAGCCGAGACGAUAUCAACGCCGUUAAGCGUGCCUAUACCGAGGUCUUCCGCCGCAAUCUUCCCGCGAAGGAGAUGCACAAGGAACUCGAAGCUCGCGCUCAGGAGUCCACAGCGGUCAAAGAUAUCUACGAGUUUGUGCUCACUCAUCGCACGCGCAUGAGUCUCUUUCCGAUCCAAAUGGGAAGCGAGAAUCCACCGUUUGAUCUCAACGGCGCACACGCCGCGCUCUGUGUCCUCGCCUCCGGAUCACGAGGGAACUGCAGCGUACUUGUUAUCCCGUGCACAGAAACUUCUCCGCGUCGAGUCUACCUGAUUGAUGCGGGACUGAGUCCACGCAGAACCGCAUCGCUGCUCGCGCAGCGUGGAAUCCGUCCCGAUGAAGUGGACGCGAUCAUCUACACACACCUCGAUUCGGAUCACUGCUACGCAGGAUGGGUCCGCGCGAUCCGUCCAGGAUACUUCCGCGCCAAGCUCAUGAUCCAUCGAGGACACCUCGGACGCGCCGAACGCAUGGGGUUGCUCGCACUCAAGACCGAACCCUUCGACAAUGAGCACGAGCUUGGACCGAAUCUUCGCUUGUUUACCGAAGUCCUCUCGCACGACUCGCUUGGAGUCGCGUGCUUCCGCUUCGUGUUCGACAACGAUUCAGGGAAGACCGCACACCUUGGAUACGCGACCGACUGCGGCAGAGUCACACCUGGACUCAUCGAACACCUCAGCGAUGUAGAUACCCUCGCAAUUGAAUCCAACUACUGCCCCGACAUGCAGGAAGCAUCUGGACGACCCGCAUACCUCAAGAAACGCAUCAUGGGAGGAUCGGGGCACCUCAGCAAUCAACUCAGCGCCCACGCCGUGUCGCGUAUGAAACCGCGUGAGCACCUUGUGCUGCUGCACCUCUCGCAGGAAUGCAACACGCCCGACCUCGCCGCGAGUGAGCACGUGCAUGAAGGGAUCACGCGGACCAUCUCGCUCCAGCACGAAGCAACCCCGUGGAUCCCGAUCAACCCGUGCGCUGAUGAGCGUCCUGUGGUCUAUCCGCGUGUGGCGAUGCGUCAGGGUUCGCUCUUUCGCCAAGCGAGCUCCCGCGUUCUCUAUAAGUUCAAACGAUUGCUCCGCUACCUCGGAGUCUAUAAACGCACCAUCACGAUGCAAGACGGCGUCCGCUACCGAGAACGCUCCGGGAUCUCCCUGCGAAGAGCACUCAGCGAUGCAGGUCCCGGCGUCAAAGAAUACGAUGUCCGACUCCCCUGGAUCGAUAUGGAUGGCCGAAGAGGUAUGCGCAUCCGCUACACCAACAGCCGUCUUUAUGCUGAUGUAGGACACGAUCCGCGCGUUGUGCUUUACGCGCAGUUCCUCGAACACAUCCGUCCCGGCAUGCGCGUUCUCGAACUCGGAUGCGGGACAGGAGGCGGCUCCGCACUCCUCGCGCACGCUGUCGGCCCAUCAGGUGGGAUCGUCGCCGUGGAUCGAGAUGGCGAAUCGAUCCGCUUCGCGCGUCAGCGCCACCGAUCUGAUCACUGCUCAUUCGAGCUCGGAUGGAUCGAAGCACUCGAAGGGGAGAUCAAUGGUGCCUUCGAAGCGGUGGUAUGCGUGGAUCUGCUCCGAGGGACCAAAGACACCCCAGAGGGCGCCCGCGUCAUUGUCGAGGUUGGUCGUGUCGUUCGGCCCGGCGGCUUAUUGAUCGCGAUUGUGACCGAAGAAUCCGAUCUCGCGCUGCUCAAAGACGGCUUCGAAGGUCUCGGACUCGUCAGAUCCAAAGACCACCAACUCGGGAUUAUCACGAACCAGAUCCGUUCCUUGAAUGAGUCGGGUUCCACUGGGGAAUCCGGACCCAUCCGCCUAUCCUUGAUCUAUAUGAACGAACACAGCGACCAACACUCUUCAGCCCCUGAUCCAUCCGCAAGCACUGGAGGAGGGACCACCCUCUCAGAUCAACAGGGGAUCCUCGAAGUCGAGCAGGCGCGGGACUUUGCGCAAGCGAUGGGCACCUCCCUGCUUGGAGAUAAGUGCGAGCAUGUGGUGAUCCUCGAUGUCCACAAGACCUCGCCAGUUACUGGAUUUAUUGUCAUCGGAUCGGGAACCUCCGCUCGUCAGAUGCGAUCAUCGCUCGAGAACCUUAACGAUGUCGCGAAGGGCUUCGGGACCAGCGCCUAUCACAUCUCCAGCGACAACGACGCGCUGUGGUUACUCGCAGACUUUGUCGAUGUGGUCGUGCAUGUCUUCGAGCCCAACGCACGCGCCCACUACGAUCUCGAAUCGAUGUGGCCCGAAGCGCCGAUGGUCGAGCGAGACUCAAGCGUGAGCAGUCCAAGCACGGUGCAUGUCCAGCUCGGAGAUCGGGGAUACGACAUCGCCAUAGGUCCCGGCUCUCUCAAGCACCUGCAUCCCACGCUCACAUCCAUGCAUCAAAGCGGCGCCCGCAACGCGUUUGUGGUCGUUGAUUCGGGAGUCCCAGCGCGUUUCCUUGAAGCGAUCGAGCGGACUUGUGAAGCGAUCGGACUCAAAGUAUCAACCGCAACGAUCACGCCGACCGAGUCCAUCAAGACCAUCGAAACCUAUCAAGACCUCCUGACGCAGAUCGCAUCGACCGGACAUUCCCGAGUCGAUCCCGUGAUCGCGCUUGGAGGAGGGAUCGUCGGGGAUCUCGCCGGAUUCGUCGCCGCGAGUUACCGAAGAGGCGUCCCGAUUAUCCAGUGUCCAACCACACUGCUCUCCAUGGUCGAUGCGUCAGUGGGGGGCAAGACCGGCUUCAAUCUGCAGAUCAGCAACGCUGAUGGCUCCCCAAAGCUGCUCAAAAACCUCGUCGGCGCAUUCUGGCAACCCGAUCUCGUCAUCGCAGAUAUCGAUGUACUCGAUUCGCUCGAAGCUCGAUACCGCCGAUCAGGACUCGCCGAGUGCAUCAAGCACGGCUGCAUCGCUCAAGGAUUCAACCAUCCCGAGCUUAUGGACUGGAUGAUCGCGAAUCUCGAUCAGAUCAUCACCUUUGAGCCUCAGGUUGUCAGUGAGUUGGUUUCGCGUAAUGUUGCGCUCAAAGCGAGCGUCGUCGCCGCGGACGAGCGUGAAGACACGAGCAAGCUAGGCGGACGGAUGCUCCUCAACUUCGGACACACCUUCGGACACGCGAUCGAGACCAUCGCGCAUCUCUCCCCAAAAAAAGACAACCCCUCCCUCGCCCCACUCCAUCACGGCGAAGCCGUCGCACUCGGAAUGGUCGCCGCAUGCAGAGCCGCGGAGUCUGCUCACAAUCUCUCCCCAACAGUGGGGGACGAGCUGGUGUCCCUGCUCGAUCGCGUCGGACUCCCAUCGUGCGUAUCGGGACUCCCAAGCAACGACGAUCUGAUCGAGCGGAUGGGACACGACAAGAAAGCAACCGCUGGAUCGGUCCGCGUGAUUUACCCGAUCCAGCGAGGCAAAUGCGAGGUCUUCGCAGACGCUGAUCCAUCGCACCUCGCCGCCGGAUUCGACGCGAUCCGCUGCUGA